CAAUAAAUACGAACGGUGACAAUAAUCGAAAUAGAAGGCCGCAGACGAGUUUAUCCAAAUAAUCGUCGUUGUCGAUAGAAGAAAACCAGUUUUCUCUAUCUGCGAUUUCAGUAAUUCUCAUUAGCUUCAGUGCACAAUUCAAUUUCCCCACAAGGUUCAGUUCAAUCUUUAGGCUUUACGCAGCUCCUUUCGCUCACGAGAUCGGUUUCUGGGCUUUUUUUAGUAUUUCGAAAAAUUAGUGUUUGGUAAGAGAUAAAAGUUUCUAAUCAGCUCACUGAUUAAUCACAAGAUGACGAUAGAAUCAUUUGUGGGAGGGAGUUCGGGUAAUUUUGGGGAGAAUUACAGGAGGAUGACGUAUUUCAGCAACAACUAUGUUUUGGGGCUGACUGUGGUUGCUGGUAUUGGCGGUCUGCUCUUCGGUUAUGAUACUGGGGGAGUCUCCACCAGCCACACGGCUAUCAAUUCACCAUGUCUACUCUCGACGCGACAAAGUCACCUUCUUGAGAUCCACACAAAUCCAGCUCCAGCCUCUAACUCUUCCCUGAUGGCAGCAUCAUCUUCGUCUCCAGAUUCUACAACACUAGAUGACAUACCGAUUGCUCUUCGUAAAGGAGUUAUUUCUGGAGCCCUUCUGUAUAUUCGAGAUGAAUUUGAAGAGGUCAACCAGAGUAGCUUUUUGCAGGAAACAAUCGUCAGCAUGGCUUUGGUUGGUGCCAUGAUUGGAGCUGCUGUAGGGGGUUGGAUUAAUGAUGCAUAUGGACGUAAGAAAGCAACUCUCUAUGCUGACAUUGUGUUUGCACUAGGAUCGAUUGUCAUGGCUGCAGCUCCACAUCCGUACAUUCUUAUUUUUGGACGGCUAUUGGUUGGCCUGGGUGUGGGGGUGGCAUCAGUCACUGCUCCUGUAUAUAUUGCUGAAUCCUCCCCAUCAGAAAUUAGGGGAGGCCUAGUUAGCACAAAUGUCCUUAUGAUUACUGGUGGACAGUUUCUCUCUUACCUUGUGAACCUUGCAUUUACGGAGACUAGCAAGAUGUUUGUUCUUUGCAUACCACUCAUAUGCUGCAGUAAUCAAGAUGAUCUUGCCAUUAAAAGCAGUUCCAUCACGAUUCAAAGAAAGCUGGUUCCAGGUACAUGGCGCUGGAUGCUUGGGGUUUCUGCCUUGCCUGCUGUCAUUCAGUUCUUUUUGAUGUUAUGUUUGCCAGAGUCUCCACGCUGGCUUUAUCUGAAGAAGGAUAAGACUGAAGCUGUUGCCGUACUUUCAAAAAUCUAUGAUCCAUAUCGGUUGGAACUGGAGAUUGAUCAGCUCACCACUGCACUCGAGGAAGAGCACCAAAGACGCAGUAGGGUCAGUUAUUAUGACGUCUUGAAAAUAAAAGAAUUGAGGCUUGCUUUUUUCGCUGGAGCUGGAUUACAGGCAUUCCAACAGUUCACCGGUAUCAACACAGUAAUGUAUUACAGCCCGACGAUCGUGCAGAUGGCUGGCUUCAACUCCAACCAACUAGCCCUUCUCCUAUCUCUGAUUGUCGCGUUCAUGAAUGCUGUCGGUACAAUCGUCGGGAUAUACCUGAUCGAUCACGUGGGUCGUAGGAAGUUGGCGCUGAGUAGUUUAUGUGGAGUAACAGCGUCUCUAAUAAUCCUUGCAGUAGCAUUUCUGUUCACGCAGAGUGGCGGGGAGACGAAUGGCAAUGUCUAUGGUUGGCUAGCAGUAUUAGGUCUGGCUCUAUACAUUGCAUUCUUUUCGCCAGGAAUGGGACCUGUCCCGUGGACGGUGAACUCGGAGAUAUAUCCGGAAGCAUACAGAGGAAUUUGCGGAGGCAUGUCGGCUACAGUGAACUGGAUAUCGAAUCUUAUAGUGGCGCAGACGUUUUUAUCUGUAGCAGGGGCGGUGGGCACGGGGACGACGUUCCUGAUUCUUGCUGGAGUGGCUGUGGUUGCGUUUACAUUUGUGGCGAUAUUUGUGCCGGAGACUAAGGGGCUGUCGUUCGAAGAAGUCGAGGGGAUCUGGAGGGAACGUGCGGCGGCAGUGGCAGCGCCAUGGCCUUGGAGGAGCCCUGGAACUGGAACUGCAACACAACCUCUGAUAUAGAAGUCGAAGAAAGAAUACUAUCUGGAUGAGUGCUAUUCAUUCAAAACUGUUCUUUGUUCCUGCUACGAUUAUGUAAGUAAGUCUUGAGUUAUUUGUAAGUGCAGCUAAGGUUGGUUUUAUACUUGGCUACAGUUCGAAAAUUUAUUUGAAAAAUUAUCUGAGUCGAUGACUAUCUUUAAGAAAUAUAUGUAUAAAUAUCAAAAUAUUUCCAACUUGGGUAAAAUUAUUUGUUUAUUUUA